AUGGAGGUCUCCAUCCCGUCCUUUCGCUACGAGGAGAGCGACCUGGAGCGGGGCUACACGGUAUUUAAGAUAGAAGUGUUAAUGAAUGGAAGAAAACAUUUUGUUGAAAAAAGGUACAGCGAAUUUCACGCCUUGCACAAAAAGCUUAAGAAAUGUAUAAAAACUCCAGAAAUGCCUUCUAAACAUGUUAGGAACUGGAUCCCCAAGGUGUUAGAACAACGCCGACAAGGUUUGGAAAUGUAUUUGCAGGCUGUCAUUUUAGAAAACGAGGAACUUCCCAAGCUGUUUCUUGAUUUCCUAAACGUACGACACUUGCCCUCUCUCCCAAAGGCAGAGAGUUGUGGAUCUUUUGAUGAGACAGAAUCCGAAGAGUCAAGCAAACUGUCCCACCAGCCGGUGCUGCUGUUCCUCAGGGACCCAUACGUCUUGCCUGCAGCCAGCGAUUUUCCCAAUGUGGUUAUUGAAGGAGUUCUCCAUGGGAUAUUUUACCCUCACCUACAGCCCAGGUAGAAAUCUGCUGUGACUGGAAGCCAGACCAAGUAUUAAAGUCCGAAGCAAGGAUAUCAGUAGCUAACAAAUUAACUUAAACUCUGUGACAUAAGAUAGUGGUAAACUCUCAGUCCCAGCUUAAUUCGGGGCAGGGGUGUUCCCAUUAGAAUGGUGCUUUUAAAAAUAGAAACUGAGUGGUGGUGGGAGGUUACCUUUAAGAUAGAGCUUGUAGCUGCCUCUUAGAAGCCCAGCAGAGGGAGGCCAUAGAAACUCUCUGGGGAUCCUGGGAGUAAGACUCCUGGUUCUCAGGCAUCGUUUGCGAAUCAAAAAUCUUAUCCUGAAUCAUACUAGAACUGACCCAUGUCAGUAGCUCUUUCGUUUGGAUUCUGUGAUACAUUAGUCUUUCAUCAUGAGAUUUUUCUCAGCCAGGGAUAGAUGUGUUCUGAAAACACUGGCAACAGGAAGGUAUCAUGGAAACUCACUGCUGAAUGUGAAGAAUGACUCAACUGGAAGUUAAAUGAUACACUAGUAAGGCGUUUUCGGAUUCGUGACAUUUAAACAUCAAUGCCCAGUGGAUUUGCACCGCACCCAGGGUUCAUGCCUGAUGUCAGCACAUAAGAUAAAAGGGGGAAUGAAGUGGAUCAUUUAGAAAAGCACCAUAUUGGAAAUCUGUCUGUCCACACCAGCUGUAACUUCAAUGUCGUUAGAAUGACUGUCUCCAGUUGAAGACCAAUUGAAGUUGAUGGACAUGUUGAAGGGUAUUUCAUAUAAACAACAUACCAAAAACAAAUACAUACCUUUAAACACUAGAAUCAUGCCUAGUCCUGCAAGAGGCUUGCCCUUGAAGACACAGGCCAAUGUGAAAUUGCAGUGCCGAGAAGCUCCCUAUGGACACUUAUCUGGCACGACUCAAGCACGUCCACUCAAAUGAUGGGAUAUUGCCAUGGGAUUUUCUGCUAUUUCCCUUACUGUUUCAAUGGCCUCAUAUUGAAUUAUGUAAUUGUGUUUGAUAUAACUCUACCAGGCAUCAUAUGGACUUUCAUAGAUUAAAAGAGAAAAGCAUAGGUCCUGGUUCUAUGUUUGUGCUAUAUUUAGUCAUUUCAUUCAGAACUAAUUAAUUGCUAACCUAUUUAUGAUUAAUUGUUUUAAUAAGCUUUUGUGUGGCAGGAAAUAUUUAGAAUCAGAACUAAUAACAGAGUCUUGAUUUUUGAUUAAUAUUACUAGGUGUAAAGCCUGCUACAACUUUUUAAGAUGUGUUACUUGACAUUGGAAAGAACUAAUGAAUCAUAUGUCAUAAACCAAAAAUUAACUGAAAACUCAAGUGUUGGAAAUAUUUUUAAAAUGUUUUUGUUAUUUGUUACUUUGAGUUAAAUAAAAACAAGGAAUAAGAAAUA